CUUCUCUUUGUGAAGUGGGAGGUAACUGGGUCGAUGAGAUAGAUGGGCUACGGGGCUAGCUAUGGGGAUCGAGGAGGGUGGUGAGUGGGGACAAAGCAAGCAAGCAUAACCACAGCCAUUUGCUCAUCCAGAGGCUAAUCCAUAAUCUCAUCCUCAUUUUUUUUUAUCCUGUCAUUUCCCGGUUUCCCCCCUUCACCCCUGCCUUUUUUUUUUUCUUUUUUGGAUGAUUCAUCCCUGCCUUGCUUGGAUUGUAAACCCGCAUUUCCCUCCCUCUCUCGCUGCAAAGCUAAAAAUCUCUAUACCACCACCACCACCACCCUGCAGCAGCCCAAAGCCAUUGUAAUUGCCACUUGCUCACGGCCAUCACAUGGCUUCGGCUACUAUCUCGGUAGCCAAUCCUUCCAUCCAGGUCCUCUUCUUCUAUUCUCUAUAUUGUUGCUUCACUUACUAUUACAUCUAGUAGUACUCUUAACUGGGUUUCUAAACUAAAGCUUCUUCCUGAAAUUUAUUUUAGUUUCCAAGUAUACCAAUGGAUGGGUGGUGACACUAUUAUAUCGUCCGUACUCCAGAUGAGUGGUUCUGAUCAGUGGUGAGUUUUGACAUUUAUAGGGGAAUAGUAAGGGAUUCUCGAUAUUCUCCGGCCUCCGCAACUCCUCUGCAACUCUGCCCUUCCCUAGAAAGACCACUGAUGACUUGUUUUCUGUCAUCGCCUUCCAGACCGCUGCGGUUGGUGGAAAUGGUAACAAGAGAGGAGUAAUGGUGGAGGCAAAGCUGAAGGUAGCAAUCAAUGGAUUCGGAAGGAUAGGGAGGAACUUCCUAAGGUGUUGGCACGGCAGGAAGGAUUCCCUUCUCGACGUUAUCGCCAUCAACGACACUGGCGGUGUGAAGCAAGCCUCCCACCUCCUCAAGUAUGACUCCACAUUAGGCAUAUUCGAAGCCGACGUCAAACCUGUCGGUGACGACGACAUCUCCGUCGAUGGCAAGAUCAUCAAGGUGGUGUCGGACCGUAACCCGGUGAACCUACCAUGGAAGGAUCUUGGGAUCGAUCUGGUGAUCGAAGGGACCGGGUGUUCGUGGACAGGGACGGUGAACGCCGACGCCUACAACCCGAACGAGCCCAUCAUCAGCAACGCAUCCUGCACCACCAACUGCCUUGCACCUUUCGUCAAGGUGCUGGACCAGAAGUUCGGCAUCAUUAAGGGCACCAUGACCACCACCCACUCCUACACGGGAGACCAGAGGCUCCUCGACGCCAGCCACCGUGACUUGCUCCGUGCCCGUGCAGCCGCCCUCAACAUCGUGCCCACCUCCACUGGGGCUGCCAAGGCCGUCGCCCUGGUUCUCCCUACCCUCAAGGGCAAGCUCAACGGAAUCGCGCUGCGUGUGCCCACCCCGAAGGUGUCAGUGGUGGACCUGGUGGUACAGGUCUCCAAGAAAACCUUCGCGGAAGAGGUGAACGCGGGCUUCAGGGACAGUGCCGAGAAGGAGUUGAAGGGCAUCCUCUCCGUGUGCGACGAGCCCCUGAUGUCGGUUGACUUCAGGUGCUCGGAUGUGUCCUCCACUGUGGACUUUUCACUCACCAUGGUCAUGGGCGACGACAUGGUGAAGGUCAUCGCUUGGUACGAUAAUGAAUGGGGUUACUCCCAGAGGGUCAUCGAUUUGGCCGACAUUGUCGCCAACAACUGGAAGUAAGUGCUAGUGACUACUCACUUACAGUUACAGCACAAGUGUCUUUCUUUCUGAACGAACCUCCCCACGGAUGAGGAUACGGAGUCCAUGAGUCCUCUCUCCUCUCUCCUCUCUCCUCCUCCUCCUCCUCCUCAAGUACUCCUCACUCAUCCAUUUUCCGUCUCCCUCGCUUCUCUCCCCAGCUCAAUCUAAAGUCUAAACAAAGAACAGAUCAUGAUAGUAAAUGCUUCGGUACUUUUCCUUGUCCUUCCCCAUAAAAUUCCCUUUUGAAAGGAAAAAAUGGAGACACUGAGUCUGAUGCUCUACCUUUCUCCUUUCGUUUUUUUAUUUUUUAUUCUUAAUUUAGAGCAAGAUUUUUUUUUUCCCAGCAUUAUACUGAAAAUAUUAAGGCAAUUUCUUCACUUCUCUACUUUUCUGUCUCAUCUCCGAUUCCAACGCCCCACCCCCAUCCCUCCUUUCUCGUUUUAGAUCAUUAUUAUUUUGUAAUCUCAUUUAAUUUUUUUUAAAGAUCUUUCUUCACUUCACCAAAAAGGAUAAA